CACUACUAUAUAGCAAAUAAUUUGAGCACAAGGAAUCAGAUGAACGAAUUAGACCGGCUUAGGCAAGAAGCUGAAGCUUUGAAGUCUCAUAUUAGAGAUGCCAGAAAAAAUGUCAGAGAUUGUACUAUGGAAAGUAAAACUGAAAAUGUAGACAAUAUUAGUAGAUUAAAUAUGCGUGCUCGAAGGACGCUAAGGGGUCAUUUAGCUAAAAUUUAUGCCAUGCAUUGGGCUGCUGAUAGCAGAAAUCUAGUCAGCGCCUCACAGGACGGAAAGCUGAUCGUGUGGGACGCCUAUACCACUAAUAAGAUACACGCAAUUCCUCUGCGUUCUAGUUGGGUAAUGACGUGCGCCUACGCUCCCACUGGUUCAUAUGUUGCGUGCGGAGGUCUUGAUAACUUGUGCUCUAUCUACAGUCUCAAAACACGGGAGGGAAAUGUUAAGGUAAGCAGAGAGUUACCAGGACACACAGGAUACCUGUCCUGCUGUCGGUUCCUGGACGACACCCAGAUCCUGACCUCGUCCGGAGACAUGACCUGUGCACAAUGGGAUAUAGAGACCGGUCAACAGACCACUACGUUCAGUGGCCACGCUGGAGAUGCCAUGAGCCUCGCUCUUUCUCCCGACAAGAGGACCUUUGUUUCUGGUGCCUGUGAUGCCAGCGCAAAGCUGUGGGAUAUCCGUGACGGAAUGUGCAAGCAGACCUUUACUGGUCACGAAAGUGACAUCAACGCAGUCUCCUUCUUCCCUAACGGGAUGUCAUUCGCUACAGGUAGCGACGACGCAACCUGUCGGCUCUUUGACAUCAGAGCUGACCAGGAGCUUAUAACAUACUGCAACGAAAAUAUAAUCUGUGGAAUUACAUCGGUAGGAUUCAGCAAGAGCGGCCGUCUCUUGUUUGCUGGAUACGACGAUUUCAACUGUAACGUCUGGGACGCACUACUUAAUGAUAGGGUGGGAGUACUGGCGGCACACGAGAACCGCGUCAGUUGUCUGGGUAUCACCGCAGACGGCAUGGCUAUUUGCACCGGCAGCUGGGAUAGUUACCUGAGAAUCUGGAAUUAAGGGUCGGCUGUGCGCUAGCUAAAAUAUCCGUGGAGACUGUGUGUGACUUUGUAUGUGUGCGAGAGGUGUGAUGACCCGCUCACACCACCCUCUCGGGGGACAACCUGUGCUCGCCAAACAGAGACAAGAGCUAGAGCCGGGUCGCCCGGGGUGCGCGCACGUGGGCCCGUGUCCUAGGCCCAAUGGACACGUCAUCCUACGUCAAACACCCCUCUCCGAGCCUGCUCGCUCUCAAGUCUACUUUUCCUAACGUACUGCUAACAGUCUUCUUACCGCGCCAACACCGCCCUACCUUGAUGUUGAUAUGUAAUGUUAUUACAGUUAACCGUUGACUUUCGUAAUAAUAAUAAUAAUAUUAAAUUGACAAUAUUCAAUGUUUUGACAUUUUUCUUUUUCCAGGGCUCUGUUAUCGGAUUACCCAUGAAUUGCUAUAAUUUGCAUGUGUAAAAUAGUUUCUGCAGCCAUAAUACGCUUUGUAGAAAAAUUCAAAUUAUUUUUGUAUAGAUUCAAACAAUUUAAUCAUAUAAAGCAUUAAUCAGGUUUAAUAAAGAUCAAAUCCUUAGCUGUUCACACCGUUCAUAUUUCAUAUAAAACUUGGUAUUUUUGGUUAUAAAACUGUUUCUACCCAUAAAGUAUUGAUAUAUCGUCAUUGUUGAAAACGUAAGGUCAGCGUUCUAAUAAAAAUAGUUAUUUAGAUUGUUUUAAAAACUUUUGAAAGACAUAAAAAUAUUCUUAUGGAUUUAAAUGUAACUAUCGGAUUGCUUACUAAACUGCAGCGUAAUUUACCCGGUAAUCUCAAAGCCCAGAUUUUUGUAAAAUGUUCAAAAGAGUUAUUUUUCUUCUGCUCACUUUUGAUGUAUAGAUAAUUGCAGUUAGCUUGAUUUUCACGAAA